CAGUCCCCGUUCACCAUGGCAUCAUCUCCAACGCCAGCAGCAUCCAAUCCCGGGCGUCUGAAGGGAAAAAGAUGCAUUGUGACAGCUGCUGCCCAAGGCAUCGGCCGAGCUACUGCCCUCUCCUUCCUUCGCGAGGGAGCCAGCCUGGUUGUGGCAGUUGACAUCAACAAGGAGAAACUGCAAACACUAGAGGGAAUUCCAGGUAUUGUGACGAAGAAUCUUGAUGUUCGUGAUGGAGUGGGCAUACGGGCGUUGGCACAGGAGGUUAAGGACAUCGAUGUGCUGUUCAACUGUGCCGGAUACGUCCAUCAGGGCUGCAUUCUCUCGACCACCGAAGAACAAUGGGACUUCAGUUUUGACGUCAAUGUGAAGAGCAUGUAUCACUUCAUCCAAGCUUUCCUUCCUUCGAUGCUCGAAAAACGCAGAGGUUCAAUCAUCAACAUGUCCUCGGCCGCCAGUACACUAAGGGGCAUUGAGCAGAGGACAGUCUACGGUGCAACCAAAGCGGCUGUUAUAGGCCUAACUAAAGGGGUCGCCAGAGAUUGUGUGCGCAAAGGAGUGAGAUGCAAUGUGGUUUGUCCAGCUCCGGUGGCCACAGAAAGUUAUAAGGAACGUUGCCAAGACUUAGAGGAUUCGGACAAGGACCAUAUUGAAUACAUCGAAGAGAAAUUGAUGGGACGACUGGCAACACCGGAAGAGGUUGCCAACCUUUGCGUCUACCUGGCGUCUGACGAGGCUUCCUACCACACUGGCAACGUUUUUACAAUGGAUGGUGGGUUUUGUCUCUAAAAUCAAUAUGGAAACUUACCAGUGGAAGAUGAUGAUUGAAAAAAAAUGUAAAGAGAAAAUCAGACACAAAUAAAAUGGAUUACCUUA